CACUAGUCACUGGCUCUUCAUCAGUAGGGACUCUUCAGACCUGCCAGGUAACCAGAGACAACAUGAGUACCAUGGUGCUUCCAACCACCACCACAGAGUACGACUAUGACUACUCCACGGACUCCUCGAUCACACCCUGCUUCCUGGACACAGCUGACUCGCUGGGGACGGCCUUCCGCCCGGUGCUGCUGUGGGUAGUGUGCGUGGUAGGCCUGCUGGGCAACGGGCUGGUGUUGUGGGUCUUGGCGUUGCACCGCGUUCGGACCAUGGCCGACGUGUGCCUGCUCAACCUGGCGCUGGCUGACCUCCUGCUCGCCCUGCUCCUGCCCCUCUGGACCCGCGCGGGCGUGGGCUCGGACUUGAUGAACGCCGCCCUCUGCAAGGUCACAGCCGGCAUGUACCAGCUGGGCUUCACCAGCGGCCUGCUCUUCGUCACGCUCAUGAGCCUCGACCGCUACCUCGCCAUCGUGCACGCCGUGGCGUCCUCCGCUGUGCGCAAGCUGCGCUACAGCGUCCUGGUCAGCGCCGCGGUCUGGGUGGCGGCCGCCACACUGGCCCUGGUCAAGGCCCUCUUCACCAUCAGCGACGACGAUGGGAAGUGCCUCGUGGAUUACCCCACCAAGACGCGGAAACUGGUGCACAACUUCACGGAGAUCUCCGUGUGCCUCGGCGUCUGCCUGCCCACCCUCACCUUCUGCUACGUGAGGAUUCUCGUGGUGGUGCGGCAGCAGCGUAGCUCCAAGAAGAGCCGCGCCGUGCGCCUCAUCUUCGCCAUCGUCUGCGCGUUCACCGUCUUCUGGGUGCCCUACUACGUGGCCGUGCUCCUGCAGACGCUGCAUCACGACCUGGACCUGUGGAGCUGGUGCCAGAUGUCCCAGCACCUGACGGUGGCGGUGGAGGUGACGGAGAUCGUGGCGCUCACCCACUGCUGCGUCAACCCCGUCAUCUACGCCUUCGUAGGGGAGAAGUUCAAGAAGGGCUUCGCCCUGGCGUUCGCCAGGCAUCCUCUCUGUGUGAAACUGUGCCCUCUGGCCUACACUGUCACAAGUACUUACUCGAAACCUUCAGACAACGACACCUCAAACACAGCUGUGUCUUCAGCACGCUUGGAAAACGUAGAAAAGGACUAUUGAUUAUGAAAUAUACUGUAUAUAAGUGAGUGAGUGAGUGAGUGUGUGUAAUGUAUGUGUAUAAUUGUAAUAGGAUUGUUUUCUGUAUUG